GUUGUCAUGUCUAACACAAUCGAGAUCCUUGUGCACAAGACGCCAAAUAGACAAGUGGAUUUCUGGCCUGCACGGCAGAGCUUGCUCGCGGCCAUGUUAACGGCUAUGAAAUGCACGACACCGGAGCAGAGGUGGAGCUUGCUGCAUGUCUACCUCUACGAUCAAGUGUGCCGCACCUACAUUCGCAACAAGCUGCAGGACAUGCGCAAUGAAAAUCUCACGAAAGGCCGUUGUGGCGUUAUCAACGGCUUCGACCUCGCGAUAGCCAGGCCUGACCAAAAGAGGAAAGUUCUUGGCACCACCUCGGUGUCGUCAUUUCUGACGACUUUUAGAGCCGUGAAUGGGUCAUUCGGACUACUGACGUGGCAUGUGAACCGCUAUGGUGUGCCGUUUGCGACUGCGGUUUAUGUCCGAAGCAUCGCUGCGUCGUUUGCUCGUCCAGGGCACUCGGUGGUGGUGCUGAAAGUGAUUCUCAUCGCGUUUUGGCUGUUCGGGGUGGAGCACAAACUGAAGAAAGGGACCGAUCUUUCCAAGAGCACAAAGGAGAACCGUGACGGCGUGGCAAUUUAUCACCGUGCCGUCAAGGAUUGGGUCAACGCAGCUAUUGCCAUUGCCAACAAUUGCGGGGAUGCGCUACGCGCGUUGUGCGGUGAUGAGAGCAGUGAGUGGAAUAACAAGGUGUACGUGCUGGCGAAGCAGUGCACCAGCGAGUUACCACCAGAGCUGUUCGCCAUAAAGCUGGGCCGCCACUUCGUGUCCUUCUAUGACGUGGUUAGUUCAGCCCCAGCCCCACCCCCUCCCCUCGAGUGCACUACGCACGCACCACAGCCUUACGUUCGCCAUCAAGCUGGGCCGUUACUUCGUGACAGCAGCGUCCAUCCGCAUUGUGGAGCGGCUUCCUUCUCUUGCACAGACCAUGCACCCACUCUCUCCAUCCCACCACCCCCCCCACCCCCCUCUUCCCCUCCCCACCACCAGGUGACAGCAGCGUCCAUCCGCAUUGUGGAGCAGCCAUGGCAGCGCGUGCACGUUGGGGGACAGCCACACGACCACGGAUUCACGCUGGGCAGGGAGAGGCGGGUGGCGGAGGUGGAGGUGGAUGCAGCGGGGCAGCACCGAGUGAAGGCUGGUGUUGAGGAAUACUCGGUGCUCAAGACCACUCAGUCUGGCUUUGAGGGCUUCAUACGCGAUCAGAACACGCUGCUGCCAGACACAAGGGAGCGCAUCCUCGCCACCACAGUGCAGGCCACGUGGAGCUACUCGCGCGACCCCCCGUGCUUCAACGCGGCCUACUCAGCGGCCAAGGCAGCCCUGACAGACACUUUCUUUGGGCCGCCCCAAGGGGGAGUCUACAGCCCUUCAGUGCAGCGCACACUCUUCCUCAUGGGCGAAGAGGUGCUGUCAAGAGUGCCAGAAGCAGACAGCGUGCAUCUGAAGCUGCCCAAUCUGCACUUCAUCCCCGUCAACCUGCCAGGCAUUGGUCUGAAG